AUGGCUGGGCUCCGCUUCCCCUCCACGCUCCUACACCGUGACUGUCCUUCAGGCUUCCUGCUGAACCCCAAGUUCCCUGAGAAGGUGGAGGGACGUUUUUCGGCCGCCCCGCUGGUAGACCUCAGCUUAUCGCCGCCAUCUGGGCUGGAUUCCCCCAAUGGCAGCAACUCGCUGUCCCCUGAGCGCCAGGGCAGCGGGGACCUGCCUCCAGUGCCCACCGGCCCGGACUUCCAGCCGCUGCGCUAUCUGGACGGAGUCCCCAGCUCCUUCCAGUUCUUCCUGCCCUUCAGCUCCGGGGGGGCCCUGCACCUGCCUGCUGCCUCCUUCCUCACCCCCCCCAAGGACAAGUGCCUCUCGCCGGAGCUGCCCCUCCCCAAGCAGCUGGUGUGUCGCUGGGCCAAGUGUCACCAGCUCUUUGAGCUCCUGCAAGACCUGGUGGACCACGUCAACGACUACCACGUCAAGCCCGAGAAGGACGCAGGCUACUGCUGCCACUGGGAGGGCUGCGCCCGCCACGGCCGAGGCUUCAACCUCAACCUGGCCAAGAACCCACUGCUGCCCUCGCCCUUUGGGGCUGGUGGACUGGGCCUGCCCGUGGUCUCCCUCCUCGCUGGCUCCGCUGGCGGCAAGGCCGAGGGGGAGAAGCGCGGGGCCGUGCCAGCCAGGGCCCUGGGCGCGGAGGGCCGCAAGACACCCCUGGAGAGGACUGAGAGCGCUCGCUCCCGGCCGAGCCCCGACGGACUGCCCCUGCUGCCGGGCACUGUGCUGGACCUGUCCACGGGGGUCAACUCGGCGGCCAGCAGCCCGGAGGCACUGGCCCCAGGCUGGGUGGUCAUCCCUCCUGGCUCCGUGCUGCUCAAACCGGCAGUGGUGAACUGAGCCCCUGGUGGACAGCCACCCCCCACCCACCGCAGCUCCCGCCCGGCCCCUGACGACCAGAAACUCCUCUGCGAAUAGCAAUAAUGUCCUCCUGUCCCCAGGGCCCACCCAGCCCCAGACGAGUGGGCAGCAAGGAUGGUGCUAGGUCACUGCCGGCACACCCGGCUUCCAGGGCGGAACUGGCCCCCCGGCAGGGGGAGCUGUGCGCCUGCUGCUGAGGCCCGCCCUGGCCGCCCCCCUGGGGCCCCGCCCACUUACCCCGCACCCCAGCAGUGGGCUGGGUGGGUGGGGGCUGCCACCCCUACUGGCUCGGGACCUUGUACCCCCUUCAUGUAGUGAGCUAUGAUAAGGAGCCCCCAGAUCAAGUCCCCCCUCCCCCCCACCUGUUCCUGCCUAGCUUCCCCGACCUCUGCCCUGGGGUCUCUCUGGACCCCUUUCCCUCUGGCCCACCCCCCACAGGGAGAGCAAGACAGACGCAGGCCCUGGCAAAGCCGCAGGAAGCAGCUACCACGAUGACAAGGCGCCUCCCCCCGGAGGCCCGCUCUGUGGCCCUGUCCCGGCACCCCCAGGCUGCUGCUCCACAGGGCUGCUCCGCAGUAGGGCCCGGCUGGCCAUUCUCACCGCCCUCCACCGUGUGGGGGAGCCCUGCAGGGGAGGCUGUAGCUCCCAUCCUGGGUACUGGGUCCUGGCCUGUAGGCUGGGCAGGGCUCCAUGAUGGCCAAGGGCCCAGCCUGCCGGACAGGGUGAGCCCCAGCAAGCUGGCUCCCAUGGUGUCCCUCCGCCAGGU